AUGCCUCGACUGACAGAAUUACCUCAUGGUAUAUCUGAACGAUUAAUGACGCUAAAAUAUCAGUUGCAGGAUAAAAGCUUUCUGCACGUCAUUAGUGCUUACGCACCAACCUUGAGUGCCGAGCAGCAGACCAAAGAAGCAUUUUAUGAGCAACUCGAAAAUCUACUCACACACAUUCCAAAAAGUCACCGGGUGAUUUUGUUGGGCGACUUCAAUGCGAGAGUAGGCAGAAACGCUGAAAUCUGGCCGGGUGUAAUUGGCCCUCAUGGAAUAGGAAAUAUCAACAGUAACGGAGAGCUUCUGAUGACAAAAUGCAUCGAGCAUAAUCUAACCAUAACCAACACGCAGUUCAGACAGAGAAAUAAAUACAAGGGCACAUGGCAACAUCGGAGAACUGGACACUGGCUUAUGAUUGAUCAUGAUCACAUUAUAGUCAAGAAAAAACACUUAAAAGAGGUGAAAAUUACCAAAGCCAUUACCAACAUCGAAUGCUCGACUGAUCACCGCAUCGUAAUCUCUAAAAUGACAGCAUCCUCAAAACCUUCUUAUCGAAAGAAAAAACUAAAUAAAACCAGAACGAGGAUCAAUACUGAACGGCUGCAAUCCCAAGCUAUUGUUGACCAGCUACGCCAAGAUGUGGACUCAAGAUUGACCGAUCUAACGACCAACGACCGCGAUGAUGUUGAAACACUUUGGGCAAAAAUAAGAGACUCCCUCUACGUGGCCAGUAUAUCAGUUGUCGGCGUCACAGAGAACAAGAAGCAAGAGGACUGGUUUACGGAAAAUUUACAUCAAAUACAACCCAUCCUGGAUGAAAAACAUAAUGCUUUUCAGUCAAUACAGAACAACCCGAAUAAUGAAAAUCUAAAAAAAUUUGAUGAUAGAAAAGUCUGGCCACUCAAAGACGAAAAUGGAAAUUUAAUAAAAGAUAAGAACCUACUAAAGGAAAGGUGGAGAGAUCAAUAUUCAACAAUUCUGAAUCAACAUUCUGCUACCGACGACAGAGCCAUAAGCCUGUUACCUCAGUACGACCUCGCAAUGCCCUUGGACAACGAGAUUACCCUGGAGAAAAUUAAAGAGGCCAUAAGUUACCUGAAAAACAAUAAAGAAUCGAGCGCGGACCAAAUACCAGCCGAAGUUUACAAAGCAUUGGUAAAUCAAGGCAGUCAUAGAAGAACUUAG